AUGCAAAUCUUUUUCCUGUUGGCAUCUGUACUGCUUGUGGUGGUCAUCACCUCAAUAACAGUGUUAUGUAUUCGACGCUUGUACUUCCACCCUCUUUCAAAAUAUCCUGGGCCAUUCCUGGCCAGAGUCACGGACCUGUAUGCUGCCUACCAUGCCUGGAAGGGCGAUAUUCACGUCGACAUGUGGAGGCAACAUGAACGCUACGGUCCUUGCGUUCGAUACGCCCCAAACAGACUGAAUCUCAACACGACGGGUGCGCUCAAAGAUAUAUACUCUGGGAACACGAAUUUCCAAAAGAGCCCAAACUACCGCGUUCUCCGCCAUGGUGCGGCCAACACGUUGACCAUGGUCAACAGGCAAGAGCAUGCUCGUCGACGCCGCAUCGUCUCGCAGGGCUUAUCAGAUGCCGCUCUGCGCUCUCACGAGCCCACGCUGCUGGCGCAUAUCAAAAAGUGCUUCGCAUUGAUCACGGAUGCCGACUUUCCGAGCCAAGCCCAGCCACAAAGUACCGAGAAAGAAGGACAGAAGGGCUGGACACGGUCGAUGAAUAUGUCGGACUGGUUCAAUUGGCUUACAUUUGACAUCAUGGGCGACGUCGUUUUCGGCAUAGGCUACGAUUUGCUCGCAUCGCCUCAAAAUCGCAUCAUCCCACGGGCCAUUGAAGAAUCCAACGUGCGCAUGAGUGUCUUGUUGCAAAGCCCCAUCCUCAUCAAGAUUGGUCGAAUCGACCGGUUUCUGUUCCCCAAGGCCAUCGCAGCACGCAACCAGUUCCUACACUUUGUGAGCGGUCUCGUGCGCCGUGUCUUGGGCACCGAGUGCAGCUUGCAGACGCGCACCGUCGUUUCGGCUCUCAAGUCGGCGAGCGACCCCGUCACUGGCGACGCGCUCUCCAUGAAGGAGAUCUUGGCGGAGAGCACCACGCUGUGCGUUGCCGGCGCCGACACGACGUCUACCGCUCUGGCAGCCACCUUUUUCUACCUGGCGAGCACGCCUCGUGCCUACCGCCGCCUGCAGCAGGACGUGCGCCGGGCGUUUGCCUCGUCUGACGAGAUUCGCAGCGGACCGGCGUUGGGCAAGCUCACCUAUCUCCGGGCGUGCAUCGAGGAAGCCCUACGCAUGUCUCCGCCGGCAGGGUCGUCGUUGUCUCGGGAGAUUCUAACCGGCGACGCCACGGUGGAUGGCCGGGCGCUGCCUGCAGGUACAGAGGCCGGCGUGCCAAUUUACGCCAUCCAUCACAAUGCAAAGUACUUUCCGGACCCUUUUGAGUACCGCCCUGAGCGAUGGCUGCGUAGCGAAAGCAGCACUACGGGACCGAGCGUAGACGAUGCCCGCGCGGCCUUUUGCCCUUUCUCUGUUGGCACUCGAAGCUGUGUGGGCAAGGGGAUGGCCAUGAUGGAGCUCAGCCUGACAGUUGCCUACGCAAUGUACACGCUCGACUUUACUCUGACGAGCGAGAAUGACUCCCUCAAAGGCUGGGGGUUCGCGGACGAGUUCCCGCUGGCAGAUCAUAUAACUGGGUCAAAAAAUGGGCCAUUCCUUCGCUUCAAGUCUCGCGACUUGUGA